AUGACAACAAAACAUAAUGAAUCCAUGCCAGACAGAGUAGCGGCUGUUGGUGAUGUAAAACGCAUAGGGCCAACAGCAUUACCACCAGUUAGAAUAUCAACAGUUGUUUUUCAAGAAACAGUUGGUGAGAAUUUGGGAGGAUCUAACAAUUUUGGAGGGGCAGAAGUCAGUAGUAAUGUUGUUGCUGUGUCUCUUGAAGACUUAAAUAAAACAUCUCCAAGUGCAAUAGCAGUCAAUGAAACCGGGGCUAUAAUCAUAACAUUACCUACAGAAAUCCGAAGGAGAGAGAAAAGGCGUAUAUGUACCUACUGGGACUUUGAUCAAAAAGAUUGGGCUUCGGAUGUAGGAAUAAUAUUAGAUCAGAAUGAUACCUACACAACAUGUAUGUUUGACCAUCUGACUAACUUUGCUGUUCUUGUUCUGUAUUUUGAUGAUGAAAAUGAGGUAUCCAUUAACCAAGAAAAUAUUCUAAUGAUUAUGACAACAAUUGGAUGCAGCAUCUCAAUAACAUGCUUGGGAAUGACCGUUGUAGCAUUUGUAUACUUAAAACUAAUGUGCAAAGAGACCAUUCUUAUUCAUGGAAAUUUAUCUUUUGCGUUACUUAUUGGACAGCUUGUCCUGGUAGCAUCUAACGACGCUAUUGAAAAUACGGUAGCCUGUAAGGUGGUUGCAAUGGUUAUGCAUUACUUUUUCUUGUCUUCUUUCUCUUGGAUGAUGGUGGAGGGAAUUGCAUUAUAUCUUUCCUGUACACGUGGCCUAUAUAGUCAUGGUAAUAUGAAAAUGAAAUAUUGCGCUGGUGGCUGGGGAAUUCCACUUGUGAUCGUAAUUGUGUCUAUAGGUGCAGAAUUCCCAAAGUAUGGCACAGGCGAACGACAUAGUUGCUGGUUAUCUACAGAAGAUGGACUGAUAUGGGCUUUCAUGGGACCAAUGCUGAUAAUUAUCAUGUUCAACAUUUUUGUGCUAGGAUUGGUAGUGAAAGUUUUUCUAUCACUGCAAACUAUUUCAAACAAGUCGGAAACUGCUAAAAUUAGAGCCAGUAUAAGGGCAAUGGUGUUUUUGCUUCCACUAUUGGGUAUAACCUGGCUGUUAGGUGUCCUUGUUCCACUUCAUGCGACUUUUCACUACUUGUUUGUUGUUGGAAACUCCCUGCAGGGAAUGAUGAUCUUUUUCCUUCACUGUAUCUGUAACGAUGAAAUCAGAAAGAAAUUCCUAGAGAAAAAGAAAAAUCUCAGUUCAACACACAGAACAUUUGCUGACCCUGAUAUGACAGUAAUAGUUAAAAGAAAUAAAAGGAAAAACAUGUUUUCGGAUGUUCAGUUGGAGAUUCAGAAUGCGCCAAGAGAUCACAAGUAUGCUUGGGUUUCGUAAAAGCUGACUGUCCAUCUACUAUGCUGUGGUGGUGAUUGUAUAGAAAUGCUGUGCAAAAUAUUUAUCAUCGGCAUAUUCUGCUUGUCUCCCUAAUCAAUUAUUCAGUUAUGUGUCAACGUAUGUUAAACAGUUAACAUAUAUUUUAACAUUUUGCUAUAUUUUCUGUUGUUAAUCCCACUGUAAAGCAAUAAAAGUAUGAUAGCAAAAAUUAACAAUUGAAUGAUAUGUACUGAUGACAAAAGACCGAUAUGUGAACCAAUGGACAGAGAUCGAGACCAAGUAUUUCGGAAAUCUUGAAAUGUAUUUUUGUUUUGUUUUUUAAUAUUGUGAUGUGUGACCUAAAUUUGACUUUCAAUGUGUGUGUCGCGGGACCUACGCUUGUAAAACAACAUCAGUAUAACUUCCUUUUAGAAAAAAAAUGUUUAUAAAUUAAAGCAUGUAAAGAUUGGAA